GGCGGCGGCGGCGGCGGCGGCACCGGACGGGACGGGACGGGACGGGCGGGACGGAGCCGCGAUGGAGAAGCCGCGGCGGGCGGUGGUGGUGACGGGGUUUGGGCCGUUUGGAGAACACGCUGUGAACGCCAGCUGGAUUGCAGUUCAGGAGCUGGAGAAGCUGGGGCUGAGGGAUGACGUGGAUCUGCACGUCUACGAGGUCCCUGUUGAGUACCAGACCGUGCAGAGACUCAUUCCUGCCCUGUGGAAGAAGCACAGUCCCCAACUGGUGGUUCACGUGGGCGUGUCGGGCAUGGCCACCACGGUCACCCUGGAGAAGUGUGGCCACAACGUGGGCUACAAGGGGCUGGACAACUGCCGCUUCUGCCCGGGCUCGCAGUGCUGCGUGGAGGGAGGCCCCGAGUGCAUCGACUCCAUCAUCGACAUGGACGCCGUGUGCCGCCGCGUGUCGGCGCUGGGGCUGGACGUCACCGUCACCAUCUCCAAGGACGCCGGCAGGUACCUCUGUGACUUCACCUACUACACCUCCUUGUACCAGAGCAGGGGGAGGUCGGCGUUUGUCCACGUUCCUCCUCUGGGGAAACCUUAUUCUGCAGAACAGCUGGGCCGGGCCCUGCAGGCCAUCAUAGAGGAAAUGCUGGAGUGCUGGUGA